AUGAGUAUAAAUACUAUAAAAAUGACCUAUAAAGAGCGUUCAAAGCUUUAUUCUAAUAAAACAGCGCAACGGCUGUUAGAAUUAAUGGAUCGUAAACAAACAAAUUUGUCAGUGGCAGCAGAUUUUACAAAGAAACAAGAAGUGUUAGAUUUUGCAGAUAAAACAGGACCAUAUAUAUGCAUAUUAAAAACGCAUGUUGAUAUUAUAGAGGAUUUUGAUAUUUCGUUUAUUUUUGAAUUGAAAAAACUAGCAGAAAAGCAUGAUUUUUUGAUUUUUGAAGAUAGAAAAUUUGCAGAUAUUGGAAAAACGGUUCAAUUGCAGUAUUCAUCUGGAAUUUAUAAGAUUUCUGAAUGGGCAGAUAUUAUUAAUGCACAUCCUAUGCCUGGAGAAGGAAUAAUUGAUGGUUUGAAGAAAAUUGGAGAGCCUCAAGGUCGGGGAUUAUUUUUAUUAGCAGAAAUGAGUUCAAAAGGAUGUUUAUCAACAGAGGAAUAUGUAAAUGCAUCAAUUAAAAUGGCAAAGAAAAAUAAGGAAUUUGUUAUAGGAUUUAUUUCGAUACGUCGAUGGCCAAUAUUGACAGAAGAAUUUAUUUUAAUGACUCCUGGUGUAGGAUAUGUUACAAACAAUGAUUCAGUGGGCAAUAUGUAUAAAUUUGCAGAGAGAGACGUUUAUGGACAACAAUAUCGUACACCAGAAAAUGUAAUUUUGGAUUUAGGUUCAGAUAUUAUUAUUGUAGGAAGAAAUAUUUACGCAUCUGGAAAAGAUAUUGUAACAGAAACAUUGAAAUAUAAGAAUGCCGGAUGGAAAGCAUAUAUGACUCGAAUUUCUUAAGAUGAAAAAAUAAAUUAAAUCUUAGUAAUAUUUGAUAUGGAAUC